CUGAGCCAAGGAACGCAGGCGGUGGUCGUGGGGAAGGGAAGAGGAGCCCCGGGAGACGGCAGCAGCAUGGGCGGGCGGCCCUCGAGCCCUCUGGACAAGCAGCAGCGGCAGCACCUAAGGGGUCAGGUGGACACCCUGCUGAGGAACUUCCUGCCCUGCUACCGUGGGCAGCUGGCAGCGUCUGUCCUGCGGCAGAUCUCUCGAGAGCUGGGCCCUCAGGAGCCGGCCGGAAGCCAGUUGCUACGCAGCAAAAAGCUGCCCCGAGUCCGUGAGCACCGAGGACCCCUGACCCAGCUUCGGGGCCACCCACCCCGGUGGCAGCCGAUCUUCUGUGUUCUGCGUGGGGACGGCCGCCUAGAGUGGUUCAGCCACAAGGAGGAAUAUGAAAACGGGGGCCACUGCCUUGGCUCAACAGCCCUGACAGGAUACACGCUCCUGACUUCCCAGCGAGAAUAUCUCCGCCUUUUGGACGCUCUCUGCCCUGAAUCCUUGGGAGACCAUACUCAGGAAGAGCCUGACUCCCUCUUGGAAGUGCCUGUGAGCUUCCCGCUGUUCCUGCAGCACCCCUUCCGCCGGCACCUCUGCUUCUCUGCAGCCACCAGGGAGGCACAGCAUACCUGGAGGCUGGCCCUGCAGGGUGGCAUCCGGCUUCAGGGCACAGUCCUGCAGCGAAGCCAGGCCCCUGCUGCCCGGGCCUUCCUGGACGCCGUCCGACUCUACCGGCAGCACCAAGGCCACUUUGGCGACGACGACGUGACCCUAGGCUCAGACGCCGAGGUGCUGACCGCGGUGCUGAUGCGGGAGCAACUUCCCGCGCUGCGAGCCCAGACCCUUCCUGGCCUGCGGGGGGCAGGCCGCGCCCGCGCCUGGGCCUGGACCGAGCUUCUAGACGCCGUUCACGCAGUUGUUCUGGCCGGGGCCUCCGCCGGGCUCUGCGCCUUCCAGCCCGAAAAGGACGAGCUGCUUGCGUCGCUGGAGAAGACGAUCCGCCCGGACGUGGACCAGCUGCUGCGGCAGCGGGCGCGUGUGGCGGGGCGGCUGCGGACGGAUAUCAGGGGACCGCUCGAGUCGUGCCUGCGCCGGGAGGUGGACCCGCAGCUGCCCCGGGUCGUGCAGACCCUGCUGCGCACCGUGGAAGCCUCGCUCGAGGCGGUGCGGACCCUCCUGGCUCAAGGCAUGGACCGACUGUCCCACCGCCUGCGCCAGAGCCCCUCGGGCACGCGGCUGCGCAGGGAGGUUUACUCAUUUGGGGAGAUGCCAUGGGACUUGGCGCUGAUGCAGACAUGCUACUGUGAGGCCGAGCGGAGCCGGGGGCGCUUGGGGCAGCUGGCAGCACCGUUUGGCUUUCUGGGGAUGCAGAGCCUCGUGUUUGGGGCCCAAGAUCUUGCACAGCAGCUCAUGGCUGACGCCGUGGCCACCUUCCUGCAGCUGGCUGACCAGUGUCUGACGACGGCCCUCAACUGUGACCAGGCUGCCCAGAGGCUGGAGAGAGUCAGGGGGCGCGUGCUGAAGAAAUUCAAAUCGGACAGCGGGUUGGCGCAGAGGAGGUUCAUCCGAGGCUGGGGUCUCUGCAUCUUUUUACCUUUUAUGCUGAGCCAUCUCGAGCCAGGCUGCAAAAAGGAGCUGCCUGAGUUCGAGGGGGAUGUCCUUGCCGUGGGCAGCCAGGCUCUGACCACUGAGGGCAUCUAUGAGGACGUCAUCCGGGGGUGCUUGCUGCAGAGGAUUGACCAAGAAUUGAAAAAGACCCUUGGUGCCAAUGAUGUAUCCUGCACUCUGGACGGCUGCUUGGAGGUCCCAUGGGAACAGGAGGGAGCAGCUCCAAAUCUUAACUUGGUGUCAAGUUUCCUGGCUGGGAGACAAGCUUUUACCGACUUCCUCUGCUUGCCAGCAAAGUCAUCUGCUAACUGGAUAUUGGCAGCCUCUCCGCUGUCUUGCAGCUGCUUCCGGAAUGGGUUCCACAGGGAUUCCCCUGUGUUCUUGGUUCAGCUUGCAGAGGGACUUUCACACUCCAUGGAGACCGUUUCCUCCCAUUCUGUCUGGAGUUUUCAGCCUACCCCAAGACAAUGAGAUAUUCCUGACCUUUCCACCUAUUUCCCUCCAACCCCACCUUCCGAAAUACAUUUGCUCAAUACAUUUGCACUUCA